ACAUUAGCUUAAGUAAUUACCUCUAAUAUUCAUAAAUAGGAAUGGCCGAACGUGAUAAUGACAUCCUCGAUAUUGGACAGGGUGAAGUUCAACCUCCGAUACCUCCUAGGCAAAAUCGUGUUAAUCAAGGAGCCCCACUUCAAUUUCUCCGAGCACCUCCUUUGUUAAGAAUGGACAAUGACUUAGAGUUAUACAUCCGGCGUUUUCAGAGCUAUGUCGAUAGUAUCGGAGCUAGAGAUAACGAGAUACCCCACAUUCUCAUAAAUUGCUUAUCCGAUGAGUGUCUACUCGCGGUAGAGAGGCAUAUAAGACCAGAGAUCACCUUUGAGGAAUUGUUGAUAGUGCUGAGGAGAGAAUUAGGGAUCGGAGGAGGAAAUAGGGAAGAGUCGAAGUCUUUACUGAGGAAGACCCUGCGCCAACGUAAUGAGUCUGUGAAAGCUUUCUAUAUUAAAUUGUACAACAUUGCUAAGAAGGCCUACCCCGGAGACGAGUUAGUACUUGUGAGGGACAAUGCACUAAGAGAUAGCUUCAUAAAUAACAUACAGGAUGCCAAUAUCAGUGCCAGACUUAGAGAAACACCUGAGCUUCAAAAUGAACAACUUUUAGAGAGGGCAGACCUGCUGAUCAACUGCAAAAACGCUUCCCUAUCUAGGACCCAAGCUGUCAACGCUGUGGAUACAGCCGUCACGCCGGACAUUAAUGAUACGACCAAUAAGUUAAACACUAUUAUAGAUUUACUAUCUGUUAAUGCAAUCAGCCAAGUCGCACCACGUGAAGUUCAGCCUGUAAACCCAAAUACCGAUACUCCCGCUUACAAUAAUGGCCUCAAUCUCCCAUACAAUUACCAAGGAUCACUGGUAAGCAUCGGACUACCUAACAUAAAUUACUAUGGACAACAGUCCAACAACUUUGACAACAUGGCUUUCAGCAGCCAAGAUGCACGCUACAAUGACCACUACAAUGACCACGAGGACAAUGACUUUAAUUAUAGGUAUUAAGUUGUGGGCAUGUAUAUAUUUUCUUUCUUUUUUUUUCUUUUAUUAAAAAAUUAAUUUAUUGAAGCUUGUGGCAACAAGUCUGUAUAUUUUAAUCAUGACACACCAACAUUUAUACCAGAUUCCUGGAAAUCCUUUAAUUCCUGAUAAUGGCAUUAGUGGCUCUACAUUUCUUAGAAAUUCCGAAAUUCUCUGUGAAAAUUUAAUUAGUCCGGAUAUUCCUAGAAAUCCAGAUCCACCCGUUAUAUUAAAUUUUAUCAAACCUUAUGCCCAAGAAUUUAGAGUUUGUUUUGAAGAAAAGAUAGUUAGUUUUUCAAGUAGUUUUUAAAUGUACGAUUUUUUAAAAAACGAUUAAAGGAAAGGGCAUCAUUUUAUAAAGUUCUUAAAUUAUAGAUGGGGUUGUUAUGACGGGGACGUCCUAAAAUCGAUCGGGGACAUGUUAGGGACGUGCGUAGUACCUCAGAACUAGAAGUUAAGUUGAACCUCAGUAUGCUGCGUUAGUAGUAAUUAGAUUUGUAAAUAUGUGGAUUAAAAUGGUAAAUAAACCAUGUAAAUUUGCAAAUAUUCACCGUAACAUAAAGUGUCAUAAAGAUGAAUUAGGUGAGAACUUAUAUGAUUAAGAUGAAUUAAGUGAUCAUUUAUAUGAUUAAGAUCUGAUUCGAGAGGUUUGCAGAACACUGCAGCCAUUGGUCAGAAAGGACAUUUAGUGUUAUUAGAAUUAUUUACAAAGAAAUUAUUGGAUAAUAGAGUUAUUGAAUUCAUCAAUUAGUGGAACAAUAUUUUAACCAGUUUUUAAAAACCUGUAUUUGUAUUAUUAAACCUGUUUGUUUGCAAUAACCUGUUUGCAAUAACCUGUUUGUUUGCAACUCUCCUGGAUAACGCGUGGACCGCCUCUUCCACUGGAGCUCCUCUUCCACAGAACACCUAGACUACAAAAGAUGAACACACAAGAUUCUCAGGGCCGUCUGCCUUUAGUCUUUUUCCGAACGCCUCUCCUAUGAUUGGUUUUCCUUACACGGCCCGGGUGUUAGUAUGCUGCGCUCUCUCCGACGUCACUAGUUUCAUAAAUAGAUUUUCCUAACGUCAUGCCAGAUCAUUGUAAUUGGUUCCCGUCGCUUCUGUUGAAUUCCUGAUAGGCUAGGAAGUUUGUUCCUCGAGGUAAUAUUGUGGUGACCCUAUCCUACCUGUUUGCUUGUCCUAACCUUAGCAGCACCUACAUUAUUACCUCGACAUUCCCCUCCCACGGAUUCUGCCCUCGUUGGCAGCAUUGAAGGAACGUAGCCAUGAUAUAGCAGCUACCUGUCCAUCGUCCAGAGAGAGAGUCAGCCAGCCCGUUAUAAUACACACCAGUUCCCAUUGAUCACCCAGCUACCCAACUGAUUUAGGGUAACGGACUUUACCAUGAGAUUGAACACUUAUUUUAUGUACGAUUGGAUUGGUCUUGCAUUAUUUUACAAUCCUUUACUUA